AUGAAGGACACAUUGGAACAUAUACCUGUAUUGCGGAAAAUAAGGCUGGAAUCUCCAAACACUCUGCAGAGCUCAAAGUUAAUGGUAUACAGAUCAGUUGUAACCAUCUCUCUAAUAGCAUCUAUGAUGCCACCUCUGAUAACACCGUUCGAUUUUGGUGAAGAUACAGUGAAUUCAGGGGAUUCAGUUUCUCUGACAUGUACGGUCCACAAGGGAGAUUUACCGGUCAACUUAUCUUGGCUUCACAAUAAUGUCAGCAUAGGCUAUUUAGAAGGUGUUCAGAUUACAAAAGCUGGUAAAAAGUCUAGCGCUUUGACUAUUGACAAUGUUAAUGGAGAUCACGUCGGAACGUACACGUGCAUUGCUGAGAAUAAAGCUGGAGCUUCUAGAUAUUCAGCCGAUCUGCAUGUUAAUGUGCUCCCACAUAUCACGCCCUUCGAAUUCAUAGAAGAAGCGAACAUGGGCGAUAGCGUUCAAGUCUCUUGCUAUGUUAGUAAAGGCGACACUCCAUUAGACAUAACUUGGUUAUUAAACGGAAGAUUAGUGAAAAAUGGGGAUGGAAUUUCAACGAUUCCCAUUGGACAAAGGACAAAUCUUCUCACGAUAAAUUCAGUACAACCUGAGCACGCUGGUGUUUACACCUGCUUAGCUUCUAACAAAGGAGGAAGCGCUACUUUGAAUGCAGAGUUAUUGGUCAACGUUCUACCUCACAUUACGCCAUUUGCUUUCGAGGAAGACGUCAACAGAGGCGACAGCGUCCAAGUGUCUUGCUACGUGAAUAAGGGUGAUAUGCCCAUUACGUUUACUUGGCUUUUAAAUGACGAAAGUAUACCUGGGGAAGUCACAGUGAAUAUUGUUUCCUUUGGGAAGAAAACGUCUGUGUUGAGCAUUGAUUCAGCGAAUGAGCACCAUGCUGGAAACUAUAGUUGUGUAGCCUCAAAUCGUGCGGGGAAUUCCAGCUACACUGCCCAGUUGGUCGUCAAGGUUUUACCACACAUAAUGCCAUUCUCAUUCGAAGAAGAAGCAAACCGGGGUGACAGUGUUCAAGUACAAUGUUACGUCAAUAAAGGAGACAUGCCAAUGACAUUUUCUUGGCUAUUGAAUGGUCAAAAUAUUCCUGGACAUAUUACAGUAAAUGUUGUAUCUUUCGGAAAGAAGACCUCAGUUCUUAGUAUCGAUUCUGUGGACGAACAUCACGCUGGAAACUACACUUGUGUCGCAGUGAAUAGGGCGGGAAAUGCAAGUUACACUGCGCGAUUGACUGUUAAGGUUUUGCCCCACAUUACACCUUUCGACUUUGAGGAAGACAUUAACAGAGGUGACAGUGUCCAGGUACAAUGUUAUGUCAACAAGGGAGAUAUGCCGAUCACAUUCACCUGGGUGUUCAAUGGAAACCCCAUUCCAGACCACAUGUCAGCAAACGUUGAUUCUUAUCGCAAGAGAACAUCUUUACUCAGCUUGGAUUCUGUCGAUGAAAAUUAUGCUGGAAAUUAUACUUGUAUAGCUGCAAAUCGAGCAGGCAUGGCUAGCUUUACUGCUCAACUUACAGUGAAGGGUACUAAAUUGAGUCUCUUAAGAAUAUCUGUAUUUUUGUGGUUUGUUAUUUGA